AUGGCAAUGGCAAAAGUUGACAACGAGAUCAAGGGCCGCUUGGCACUGAUUACUGGCGCAUCAGGAGGCAUUGGUGCCGCCUGUGCUCGCUCGCUAUGGGCGGAAGGGGCCUCUUUGGCAUUGACCUGCAACAGGAAUAGACAGCCAGUAGAUGACCUGGUCAAAGAGCUAAUGGCAUCUUCUGGUGCCGAGGAAAAGAGAAAGAUUUCGGUGCACACGGUCGACACGGGGUCAGUGGCCGACAUUGAGCGGCUGUUUGCCGAGCUACGGGAACAGCAUGGGCCCAGCAGCGGGCACGAAGGACCAGAUAUCCUCGUGUCCAAUGCCGGCUACGGCAAGCGCAUUCCUGAUAUCCUAGAUAUUCCCAUUGACGAGUUUGACUAUACGCUCAACGUCAACCUGCGCGCCAGUUUUGUGCUGGCCAAGCUCAGUGUGCCGUGGAUGCAAAAGCAAGGGUGGGGUCGGCUCGUCUUUGUGAGCUCAAUUGCCGCUAUUGGGGGUGGAAUUAACGGGUGUCAUUACGCCGCAUCCAAGGCAGGCCUGACGGGCAUGAUGAAGAACCUGGCGGCCAAGCAGGCGCAGCACGGCAUCACGGUCAACGACGUGGCGCCGGCCAUGAUUGGGGACACGGGCAUGAUUCCCGACGCCAAGAUGCUCGAGGGCACGGCCGGUGACGUCCGCAACAUACCCGUGGGCCGCCUCGGCACGCCGCUCGAGUGCGCCAAUGUCGUGAUCAUGCUCUGCAAGACGGGAUAUCUGACGGGGCAGAGUAUCUUGUUGAGCGGUGGACUAAAGUGA